AUCUUUGAUGGGAAAGCAGUGAGCACACAAACCAAGGCACAUAAUGUCUCUCUAGGAGGAGAUCAGAUUGAGGUGGAGAUAAUCAGCAUGCAAGGAAUUACUUGUUUUGGAUUGACAGGGAAAAACUGCUCUUGUUUUGGUGAAAUUGUCUCAUUAAUAGACUGACAUCAACUUCCGGAGAGACAUGGAGAGAAAAAAAUCUUUUGACCCAGCUUUUUUUCUUUUAGUGACUGAACUCUGACGUGCAGCCUUCAUCGUCACCCGCUUCAUUCACUGUUUAAACUCCUUAAAACGAUAAUUCUGUCCCAAAAGCAUUUGCUGCACUGCUGCGCGCGCGCGCGCGCGCGCACACAAACCUCACAGUUGGUUCGCGUAUCUCACGCGCGCACACACCUCCCCUCCCUCCUGCAUCAUAGCCCGCUGUUACCAUCACACGUUCACGUAAUACUCCGUGAACACGCUGACUUGUUGGAAAUGCUCGACUAUCUCAGAUCUGUCUGAUAGCGCACACAGGCUGCACAAUCAGCGGAGGGAAAAGUAAAGCCAAGCCAAGAAAAAUAGUCCAUUAUAAGACGGAGGACUGGAUUAUUGAUUAACAUCAGUUGACUUCACUGAAGCAGAUUGUGUUGUGGCAGGACUUUCCCUGGCUAAAGGGCACGAGCUGCCAUGCCAUUUGGCUGUCUGACACUCGGAGAGAAGAAGGAUUACAACAAUCCCUCAGAGGUCACCGACAAAUAUGACCUCGGACAGAUCGUUAAAUCAGAGGAGUUUUGUGAGAUAUUCAGGGCAAAGGAUAGGAACACCUUGAAAAUGUACACCUGUAAAAAGUUCCACAAAAAGGACGGGAGGAAAGUGAGGAAAGCUGCCAAGAACGAGAUAAUGAUCCUAAAGAUGCUGAAACAUCACAACAUCCUCCAGCUGGUUGACGCUUUUGAAACCAAGAAGGAGUACUUCCUCUUUCUGGAGCUUGCUACAGGCAGAGAGGUGUUUGACUGGAUCUUAGAUCAGGGAUAUUACUCUGAGAGGGACACCAGCAACGUGAUGAGGCAGGUGCUGGAGGCCGUAGCUUACCUGCACUCUCUGAAAAUAGUCCACAGAAAUCUUAAGCUGGAGAACUUGGUCUACUUCAAUCGUUUGAAGCACUCCAAAAUUGUAAUCAGUGACUUCCAGCUGGCUAAACUGGAGAAUGGACUUAUUAAGGAUCCAUGUGGGACUCCAGAAUACCUGGCUCCAGAGAUGGUCGGGAGGCAGAGAUAUGGGCGACCUGUGGACUGUUGGGCCAUAGGUGUCAUCAUGUAUAUACUUUUGUCUGGAAAUCCUCCUUUCUAUGAUGACUCUGAUGAAGAUGACCCUGACAACCGUGACAAGAACCUUUUCCUCAAGAUUCUGUCUGGGGACUUUGAGUUUGAUUCACCAUAUUGGGAUGAUAUUUCAGAUUCUGCCAAAAACUUAGUGGCAUCAAUGAUGGAAGUGGACCAAGAUCAGCGACUGACUGCACAGGAAGCCAUUGCCCAUGAAUGGAUUUCUGGAAAUGCUGCCUCAGACAAGAACAUCAAGGAUGGAGUUUGUGCACAAAUAGAAAAGAACUUUGCAAAAGCAAAGUGGAAGAAAGCCGUCAGAGUGACCACCCUCAUGAAGAGACUCCGGGCCUCCGAGCAGGGAGACCCUGCCGCUGCUGGUACUGCAGCUGACCCUAACACACCCGCUGGUGCUGCUGCUCCACCACCUGGCAGCAGCGGUGGCUUUGCUGCCGCCUUAAAGGCUGCCAGCUUAAAAGCUGCUCUGAGUGAAAAGGCUCCUGACACACAGACUGCAACAAACCCUGCACUCCCCCUGCCAGCCGCAGCCCGACAGGAGGAGCAGCCACAAUCACGCUGCAAUGGAGAUAUUCCCCAAAUGUUGCCACAAAGCCAGGGAGACUAGGCGUCGCACAAUUACAAGAAGAGACCCUCGCCCACUAACAAGCACAUGUGCAGUAGAGCCAAUGCAUUUGGCAUGAUAAAAUCAUGUCUAUGCUGUUUAACUACCCCCCAGUUUGCAGAGAUUUCACAGCAUCAUGCUUUUCACCACCUUCUUAGUCUUGAUUGGUCUUUUGAAUAGUGUUCUCCACAAUCCCUUGUUAUUUUGUGUAAAGGUCCCUUUAAAGCUAGUUGCUAAGUAGCUCUUCUGUUGUAUCAUUUUCCCUGAAAUCUGUAAAAACUCAUGGUGUAUAUUAGUGAAAUCAACUCAUCUGUAUUCAUCAGCUCAUUGUAUAGAGAUGUAGUUGUCUAUUUCAGCAAACUGCUAUUUUUAGCUUCAGAACUUACUACACUAAGUUCAUGUCUUGUUACUUAAAAUUAUGAGUUGAAAGAUUUGGUAAGUUGAACAUAUUGAGAUUUUAAGAAUAUGUAAAUGUUUCACUAUACUCCUCAGAAUGCAUGUUUUAGAUACUAUUCAACAACCACACUUCUAAUUAGAGUACAUUGUAGCUUAAACUUGUUUAAUAUUUGAAGGGGUUAUAAUAAGUUACCUGCUUACUUAAAAAUAUAUUUAUUUGUUUGUGAAUAAUCAAAAACAUCAUCAAAAUGUGGAUUCAACCCAGAACCUAGAAAACGUGCUGUACAACUACAGACAGCUUACAAUUUUAUAACAGCAAGAAAACAUCUUUUUAAGUUCAAGUGCCUUAAUAUUUGUUGCAGUUACAUACUAAAAUGUUUCUAAAGAAACAACUUGAUUAAUAUCGCUUCUGAUUUCUUUGGAAUGUUUUAGCUGUUUUCAUUUGCUCUUAUGUUCAGUUAAAUGCAGCUGUUCUGAUACCUGUGUUCUGUCCACUUUUUGAAAUAUGGAAAACUAAAUUUAGAGCGUUGUAUGUAGAGUGAUGUUUUAGCUGUUGUUGUUGUUGUGUUGUCACUUGUAAUUAGUAAAUUUCAGAGGUUAUAGCCAAUCCAUAACAUGUACCACUAUGUAUAUUUGCAUCGUAUACAUGUGUAUUUUUUUAUUUAUUCGUGUAUUUAGCAACAUUUAGCUGAGCUAACAGGUUGCUACAACGCUUGUGAAUGAAUAAAAUGAGCAAUACUCUUAUUGCGGAAA